GAGGAUAGUGAUCUACUCACAAGGGGCUUAGUUACCAAGCUGUCUUCUUUCUGUUCUGUUCACAACUGCCGUUUCUAUUGAUUGCGAGGUAUUUGCAACGCCGGGGACAACUUCUGAAUCAACCGAGAACAGGUGGCGCUGCCACUGAGUUUUGGGAUGGCGUCAGAUGUGGUUUCCCAAAACCAUGGUUCCAAAGGAAUCAUGACAUUUUACCCCACUGCUGAGGAGUUCAAGAACUUCAGCCGCUACAUUGCAUAUAUGGAGUCCCAGGGAGCACAUAAAGCAGGCCUGGCUAAAAUUGUUCCACCAAAGGAAUGGAAGCCUAGAGGAUCUUAUGAUGAUAUCGAUGAUUUGGUGAUACCUGCACCCAUCCAGCAGGUGGUGACAGGCCAGUCUGGCCUUUUCACACAGUACAACAUCCAGAAGAAGUCCAUGACUGUCAAAGAGUUCCGCAAGAUUGCCAACAGUGACAAGUUCUGUAGUCCACAUUAUGAUGACUUUGAGGAGCUUGAAAGGAAGUACUGGAAGAAUGUGACAUUUAACCCUCCCAUAUAUGGAGCAGAUGUUAAUGGAACUUUAUAUGACCCUGAAGUCAAAGAGUGGAACAUUUGCCACCUGGACACCAUUUUGGAUACUGUUGAGCGUGAAAGCGGCAUCACUAUUGAGGGUGUUAAUACACCCUACUUGUAUUUCGGCAUGUGGAAGACCACCUUUGCAUGGCACACUGAGGACAUGGACCUCUACAGUAUUAACUACUUGCACUUCGGAGAACCCAAAUCAUGGUACUGUGUUCCUCCAGAGCAUGGGAAAAGAUUGGAGCGUCUGGCUAAAGGGUUCUUUCCUGGUAGUUCCCAAAAUUGUGAAGCCUUUUUGAGGCACAAGAUGACUCUCAUCUCUCCCUCUAUCCUGAAGAAGUAUGGCAUUCCAUUUGAAAAGAUUACUCAGGAGGCUGGAGAGUUCAUGGUAACUUUCCCCUACGCCUAUCAUGCCGGUUUCAACCACGGCUUCAACUGUGCCGAGUCCACCAACUUUGCCACAGAGAGAUGGAUUGAAUACGGCAAGCAAGCAGUUUUGUGCUCAUGCCGGAAGGACAUGGUGAAGAUUUCAAUGGAUGUAUUUGUGAAGAAGUUCCAGCCUGAUCGCUAUGAACAGUGGCUCGCAGGGCGAGAUGUGAUACCCAUCAACCACUCGCGACCCACCCCGGAGGCUAGGGAGUUCCUGGGGGACGCUUUCAACGACAUAACCAGCAACAGUAACAGCAGCUCCGUGGAGAGCUGUGGGGAGGACGGAGAGCGGAAGAGCACGACACAGAGGAUAGAGACCAAGAGACACAGGGUGUGUCUGGAGGUGCCUGAGGAGGUUGUUCCCAAGGAUGAAGAUGAGGAAGAUGAGGAGCAGUAUGGGAAGCGUCCCAGGCUAAGCCUUAUACCUCCACGUACUAUGUCACAAGAUGGCAAGAGAAAUAAAGGCCCACCAAAAUUGGUUGUCACACCGACCAAGCUCACUUUAAUGGAUCCAUUUCACAGAGGCUUGACCCAAAGUAACAGUGAUGGAGGCCGCCCCCCUCAUUAUACCAAGACUCGUGCACCUGCGAUCUCGUCUCAGUCCCAGGGCAGAAAUGGACAUCUAUCAGUUUCUGUGGCACCUAUGUGGACAGAAGCAUCAGCUCAGCCUGCCCGCAAAAUGGGAGUAGCCAGCCUGCUCUUCCACAGGACUCUGAGUCCAAAAGACACUCUUCAGGUGCACAGCUACACUCUAGAAAGGCAGAGACAACCUCACACACAGCUCCAGGUGCACAGCUACGCCAGAGAGCAUCAACCCCGUCAUCUCCAGCACAAAACCUAUACACAGUCUCACACACAGGUUCAGACUUCAUCUCAGGCCCCAAGCUGUGAAAGAGCAGAGCCAGAGCCAGAAUCUGAAGUCAUUCUUACCAAAGUAGCACAGAAUGAAUCAGAAGCACAGAGUCCUGUGGAGCAGGACCAAGAGGAGGACAAACCCAAAAUGUCAACAUCCGUUGCGGCUCAGGCUGAAGUGGAGAAGCCUGAAGUUGAGCAAACCAGCAAGUCUGCUUCGCUACAGACUCAAACACAACCUAAAGAGUUGAGCCAAAUGGAGAUAGAAGCUCCUAAGAACAACAAGCGGAAGAGUAACCAAAGCCCUCUUGUGGAUAGUGGCAUUGUCAUCCUGAAAGACACCAUUCCUGUCAACAAACCAAAUCACAAUGAGAUGAAGGUGAUCGCUCAGAAUCAUCAUCAGGUGUCAGAAGAGCAGUCAUACUGCAAGUCAGUGGUGAAGAAGCAGCAGCAGCAGCAGCAGCAGCAGCAGCAGGAACAGCUCCGUAAGCUGCCUCGCCACCACCCUCUAAUCAGAGAGGUGCACAGUGACGAUGAUGUGUAUGUAGACGUGGAGGUCGAACAAGAGGAGAAAGAGGAGUGGGCAAAGCCGCUAACCCAGCUGUGGCAGUGUCGGCCAUAUAACCCUCUGGCAGAGAGAGAAUACAACAAGAGCAUGGGCAAGCAGGCCCCCUACUGCUCCAUCUGCCUGAUCUUCCACACUUACCAUCAAUCUGAGUCCAGUAUUGGCAGUUCCAAUGUGACAUUGGUGAACCGUCCAGGGGGCCGUCAGUGGUCCAAACCACUCAUCCCAGAAAUGUGUUUCAACACCCAAACCAGCAAGACGAGUGAUAGCGGGGAGGGACAGCUGUCUAACCCUCAUGUAGCAGAUGACGGGACUAGCCGGCUAGUCAGCUGUGCUCAGUGCUGCGUCCGUGUACACACAAGUUGCUAUGGUGUGUCUGGAGAGGGAGCUGAACUCGACGACUGGCUUUGUGCCCGCUGUGAGGCUGAUGCCAUCACUGAGGACUGCUGUCUGUGUUCCCUGAGAGGUGGCGCUCUGCAGAGAGCCAACAAUGACAAGUGGGUUCAUGUACUCUGUGCCAUCACCGUGCUGGAAGCCCGCUUUGUCAACAUCACUGAGCGAAGCCCCAUCGACCUCUCUGCCAUACCACUGCCACGGUUCAGACUGAAGUGUGUGUACUGCAGGAAGCGGAUGAAGAGGGAAGUGACGGGCUGUUGUGUACAGUGCUCCCACGGACGCUGCUCCACGGCGUUUCACCCCACCUGCGCUCAGGCAGCUGGCAUCCUCAUGCAUCCAGACGACUGGCCGUUCGUAGUCUUCGUCACCUGCCACAGACACAGAACGCCUGUCAUACCCGAGCGCAACAAGGCGUCCAUGCGGGAGUUGGCAGUGGGGCAGAAGGUGAUCUGUAAAUACAAAAAUGGCCGCUACUACCAAAGUGAGGUGGUGGAACUGACCACAGCCACCUUCUAUGAGGUGGUGUUCGAUGACGGGUCCUACAGCGACAACCUCUUCCCAGAGGACAUCGAGAACCGUGACUGCGUCCGUCUCGGUCCACCCACCGAAGGUGAUGCUGUUCAAGUGCGGUGGACAGAUGGGUUGAUAUAUGGAGCCAAAUUUGUAGCAUCACACUCCAUCCCCAUGUACCUGGUGGAGUUUGAGGAUGGAUCACAAAUCACUGUCAAGCGAGAAGACAUCUACGCUCUAGAUGAGGAUCUGCCCAAACGAGUCAAGUCACGAAUGUCGGUGGCAUCAGACAUGCGUUUUGAGCUGUUCUCACAGAACGACGUCAAACAGAACUCCAAAAGGCAACGGGUCAUCAACUCUCGAUACAGAGAGGACUACAUCGAGCCCGUCAUUUACCGUGCCAUCAUGGAGUAACGUCCAUUUCUUUCGCCUUCUGCUUUCCAAUACUCCUUCUCCACUUCAUCAACUCACCAGAGAGAGCUCCAGGUCUUCUCUGUUUCUGGCUACUGCUGAUAGGAACGACCCCAUCUUCCUCCUCCUCUUCUUCCACAGCCUGUUGGGCUACAUAUUUAUAAACUACGGCUGGGACUUUAAAUGACUUGUGUGCAUUGAAUAAAUAUUCUUAGAUCUCUGUUUGCCAUCACACUCUGUAGACUGUUUUCUUCUUCCAUUUUGUUUUGUUUUUUUCUUUUGCUCAGGAAGAAGCCAUCGAUGAAUUAUUAAAUAUGGAAAAGGUCGGACUAUCUAACUGGGGCAAGAUGUUUUCUUUUUCUUUACCACCACAUUUAGCAGUAAACACAACUUGCUACGAUACAAUGGACAGCUUUUCUGGUAGGGAUUUUUCUUCAACCUUUUUCUCUUGACUUGCAGACACGUUAUUUUCAUUAUAAUUUAUCAUAAUAUUUUACAGUGCUUAACCUUCAGAAAUGAAGUUUAAGAGGAAGUGUGAUUUUGAGUCAUUGUUUUCCCAAUGAAGUUAAAAAAAGGCAAAACUGUACACUCUGAGCCAAUCAGCUGUUGAUUACAAUAAAAAUUGACUAAUCAAUGUGGCAAAAACUGUUAGGUUAUAACCCCAAAGAAAGGAAAUGAUGUGUCAUGGUCACCUUUGACACGUUAAAAUUACACUGGUCACUUAAUGCAUAGCAUUACAUGGUUCACAAGCAUUUCUUCCCAUAGGAGUGACGAUGUGCGUCUACUGUGAAAAUAGAAGAAAGCGAGAUGUGUUUUAGUGGCCCGAGCCUUACAUUUGAAAGGGCCAAGUGUACUUUGGUUUUUCUAAAGCUUAAGGUUUAUUAUAACUAUUGUAAUUAAUGUUAUUACACUUUAUUUAUGUGAGUGCAUUACAUUUGAGAACAAAGCUAUUUUUGUCAUGUCCUUUUCACAAUCUGUAGAAAAGCUCAGAUGUAUUUAUAUUUAUUAUAUUGAUAGGUUUGCAGGCAUCCUGUUAAAAUUUUUAGGCUUGCUUUUCAUUUAUUGGAGUUUAAGGUGUGAAUGAUCUGGCUCAAGUCCCUCUUUAAGCAAAAGCACUUGUUGUAGCCUCCUGCCACAGGACAUUUAUUUUUUUUAGCAUUUUCUAGACACAUGGACUCUGCAGAGUUUAGAUUUUUGUGUGUGUGUUUCUGAUAAAAAGCUAGUUCUAGUGAUGAAUGUUGUAAGCAGGUUAUAGUUUGAUCCCAAAUAAACAAAAGCCGUUGUAAGAGGAUCAUUUCAGACUUGAGCAAGUUUUCUUUCAUGAUCAGUCCCCUGUACCUGCUUUGAAAUAGUCUCUUGUGUAGAGAGGGCCUCUGUCCAUGGCAGCAUUAAAUCUGUAUACUCUUUGUAAACAUCAACUGUUUGAGUAAAGUUUGAGAUAAGAAAAGAACCUUGUACAAUUCGCUUUAUCUACAACUACCUAUGCUUAAAAAUUAGCAGAUUAAAGCACUGAGAUUCAGGCAGCAUUUAUACUGGA